GGAUCUUCAGUGCUGCAUAGAGCAAAGAGAGAUUUUGAUUUUGGAUUUUGGCUCUCAAAACUGUAGGCUUUAAAAUGGCACCAUAUCCUCCGCCAUCUUCCCGUCUGUACCUGCUGCACCUGGGCGCUCUUCUGCUACUGGCAUACCUGAGCCCAGCCCUCUGCACCUGCAGGAAGGGCACCCCGGAUGAGUGCAUGGAUGCUCCUUUCGUUCCAGGCCACGACCUGGUGGGGGAAGGCUUUGACAUCGUGAAGAUGCAGCGCAAGAGGGCCUACGCCAUCGACGUGCAGACAUAUCUGAACGCUGAUAACACUUGCCAAGUGUGUGAGAACGAUGAGAUGGACGAUGAGCUCCAGAAGCUUCCAUUGUCCGUCAUAGACUGGCGCUCAAACUCCAAGUGCAGUCGCUCCUUCACCAGUGCCAUGUAUGAGUCUGCCACUGAGUUUGUACAGAGCACUGCCUCACAAAUAAAAAACGACUGGAAAUUGGGACUCGGACUGGAGGAACUUGGAGUGGGAGUAGGAGUGGGAGUAGGAGUGGAGGUGGGAAUGGGAAGGUCCCAUGUGGCCAAAUUUGCCUUUUCAAUGGCCAAGCAGGACCACUACACAUUCGCCAUCCAUGAGUUCAACUGCACAUAUUACACCUUUCGAGUCUCUAACACGGCAAGUCUAAGCAGAGAGUUUGCUCAAGAUAUUAGCCGCCUGCCCAGGGACUACAAUGACAAAACCCGACAGCGUUACAAACAGCUCCUCAACACCUACGGCACUCACUAUCUAGCACAGGUAGACCUGGGAGGGAGAAUGAGGACAGUCAGUGCUAUUCGCACCUGCCUCACCAUACUCAGUGGCCAAACCACCAGCAAAAUAAAAGACUGUUUGUCUGCUCAGUUGGAACUGACCUACGGCCUGUUCAAUGCUGGUCCAAAAGUAGAAUCAUGCUCCUCGACGUUGGACAGCAAAGACACGACAGUCACCAGCUUCUACAAACACAUGCACCAAAUCACAGAAAUGGUUCCUGGGGAUGUGUGGGUUGGGAGCCUCAGCAAUGACACCACAGGGUUCGAUAUCUGGUUUGACCAGCUGAAGGAAGAUCCAGGUGUGGUGAGCUACUCCCUGAACCCACUGCCCAUGCUGAUAACUGAUAAGGUCAUCAAAGGCCAUGUGAAGACUGCCAUUCAGCAGUACCUGCAGGAGAAGGCCAUCUCCCCCGACGAACUUCCUAUCUGCAAGUCAGGCGCCUGCUGCCCGAAGGAAACCCAUAGAGCCAAACUGCAGAUCUACCUGAGAGCCACAGGUCUGACAGGUGACUGGGGGUGGUGGGAAGUCAGUGAUGCAUUUGCCACUGUUAAGUAUGGAGCGGACAGUAAGACAACCGAAGUAAAGUUUUCCGAUGAUCCUGUCUGGAAGACGCUGGAUUUUGGAAAUGUGUACACAGUCGGGUCAUCCAUGUCAGUUGAAGUGUAUGAUCAAGACUGGUGGCGUAACGAGUUGCUAGGCACCGUCCACUUCAGUCUUACAGCAGGAUCACAUACGGAGACACGCAGCUUUGGGUCCAGCACCGUCACACUCUCCUACUCUCUCACUUGUGAUGCUCAUCUUGGUGGAGACCUGUGUAGCCAGUACACACCCUGAUCAUCUAACUUUCUCACCACAGCAUGGUGUGCGUCAUCCUCAACCUGCGGGUGACUAUACUAAUCUGAAAAGUGUGCUUUGAACCAGUAAAAUGGCUUCUGAUUUGUUUGACCAUAUUCUUCUCUUUCCUUGGAAAUGUAUAAUCAGUGGUGAUUGUUCCUCUAAGAGGCUCUAUACUGUACAACCCCAUUUGGUGUACUGUCAUACACAGGCUUAUUAUUUAGUCUCCUUGGUUUUCCUGAUUCCUUUAUCCUAGUUUAUAAUGAUAAUCAUGUAUACGUACUGUAUCUGUUAAUCUGAAUCUGAAAUGCUUUUUUUGUGUUUUUGAUUGUGU